CACGUGUCCUUCGGGAACAGCAUCCUGGAGUGCCUGAACGAGCAGCGGCUGCAGGGGCUCUUCUGCGACGUCUCGGUGGUGGUGAAGGGCCACGCGUUCAAAGCGCACCGCGCCGUGCUGGCCGCCAGCAGCUCCUACUUCCGAGACCUCUUCCACAGCUCCAAGAGCGCCGUGGUGGAGCUGCCGGCCGCCGUGCAGCCCCAGAGCUUCCAGCAGAUCCUCAGCUUCUGCUACACCGGCCGGCUCAGCAUGAACGUGGGAGAUCAGUUCCUGCUCAUGUACACGGCGGGAUUCCUGCAGAUCCAGGAGAUCAUGGAGAAGGGAACGGAGUUUUUCCUCAAGGUCAGCUCUCCCAGCUGUGACUCUCAGGGGCUGCACGGGGACGACACGCCGGGCUCGGAGCCGCAGAGCCCGGUGGCGCAGACCUCGGCGGGGCAGGGCUGGGCGGCGGCGCUGCCCUUGGUGUCGCGGGUGAAGACGGAGCAGGGCGAGCCCGACGGCGUGCAGUGCACCUUCGUGGUCAAACGCCUCUGGGACGGGGCCGCCAAGGACUCCGGCGGCAACGGCAGCAGGAAAAUGGCCAAAUUCUCCGAGGCGGCGCCGCGCCCGCCCGCCGCCACCGCUCCGCCCGAGCAGCCCCCCCCGGAGCCCCGGGCCCGCGCCCGCCUGCGCCAGGACCUGGCGUCGCUGCCGGCCGAGCUCGUCACCCAGAUCGGCAACCGCUGCCACCCCAAGCUCUACGACGAGGGAGACCCCGCCGAGAAGCUGGAGCUGGUCACCGGUACCAACGUGUACAUCACGCGGGCGCAGCUGAUGAACUGCCACGUCAGCGCGGGCACGCGGCACAAGGUGCUGCUGCGCCGCCUGCUCGCCUCCUUCUUCGACAGGAACACGCUGGCCAACAGCUGCGGGACGGGGAUUCGCUCGUCCACCAACGACCCCAGCAGGAAACCGCUGGACAGCCGGGUGCUGCACGCUGUCAAGUGUGA